AUGGCGCUCCGAAGUCUGAUCUCGAGGUCCCCUUCGUCGAUGGCGUCUCUGUCCGUCCUCUUCUCUGUUCGCGCCUUCGCUUCCAAGUCUGUCCCGUGCUCCUUAGCCGGUCGCCCUUCGCAUAUCCUUCGACUGCGUCCCCUCGUGUCGGCGCUGUGGUCGCCCACCGGGGUCGCCCUGGGUGGUGACGGCCUUCGGUGUUUUUCGACGAGGCCCACGACGUCCUCUCUCAAUGAUCCGUCGCCGAACUGGAGCAACCGCCCGCCGAAGGAAACGAUCCUACUCGAUGGGUGUGACUUUGAGCACUGGCUCGUGGUGAUGGAACCACCGGAGGGGGAGCCCACCAGAGACGAGAUCAUCGACAGCUACAUCAAGACCCUGGCUCAAAUCGUCGGCAGGUUUCAGUUUCCACCUUUUGUCUCUGUGUUACAUUGCAGAUUAUUAUAUCUAUUAAUAUUUCUUCGGAGCUGAUAUUUUCAUCGUCCCGAAAGAAACCGGAGUGUGUAUGAUCGCAACUGUUGUUUUUUUGUUUUGUACACCGUAUCCUCGGUUUUUCCUGACGAUUUAUUUACUGAACGUCGUGGUAAGCUACACGAUAUUUGUAUGUCGUGGAUUUUAUAAUAAAGCUUUUGGUGUUUUUAGGGUUGUUCAUGUUGUUGCAAUUAAAUUGAAUGGGAUAUCCCAUUGUAUGAAAUGAUAGGUGUUUAACAGUUACACUUGUGAAGUAUGUGAAGAUUUCAGCCUUUGUAAAAAAUAAGAGAAAUAUUAUUUUUCACGCUUGUGUUUUCUAGCGGUUCAGAAAAAAAAAUGAGUAAUGUCUAUUAUGCUAUGAAGCAUCGUACGCAUGCCUGCUGUUCUGUGAAGGGGUCAAUGUGAUGACGACCUUGGGCGCAGGUCAUAUGUGUCUAUUGUAGACAGGCGAGGUUUUUUUUUAAUGGUCUUAGAAGGCUGGGACCACGGAAGUAGUUAACAAGGCAGGUAAGGUUGUUGUGUUUCCGUAAUAGAUGUCGAUGGACUGUAUGUGUAUGGUCGUGUCCGGGUGCCCAUGUAAGAGAUGGUGGAAUGAUAAAGCCCUAACAUAGGAGCACAAUAUUUUGCUCUUAUACGCCUCAUUUAAAACUUUGAAUAUUAUUCGAUACUCGUGUAUAGUGAGAUGUAGAGAAAAAUUGGAAAUUUCCCGAUGGAUUUUAUCUUUUUCUGGUUCCGUGCAGUGAGGAAGAAGCGAGGCAAAAAAUUUAUUCGGUGUCAACAAAGCAUUACUUCGCUUUUGGGGCGCUUGUUUCUGAAGAGCUCUCAUACAAAAUCAAGAGUGAGUCAUUCUAAUCGUGUCCUUGAUUGGCAUGUCGGUUCUUACAUAUUUCUCCAUUUUGUGCUUAUUCCCAAUAUAUCUUUCUCGACGUGAUGCAGCCUUGCCAAGGGUUCGCUGGGUUCUUCCUGAUUCUUAUUUGGACGUUAAGAACAAAGAUUAUGGAGGUGAGCUUAAGAGUCUCAUUCAGUUUUUUGUUUUUUGAUGUUUAUUUUAUCCCGGGCUAUGUCGGAACACGAUUGUGACUGGCCAUCUGUGAGGAUGUGAAUGCGACUUAUUAUUCAGUUUUAUACUAUCCUUGACAGCUAUUUACAAAUAUUAGUACAUUUAUAUCAAUAUUUUUAAGGUUUUUGGUUUAUUAAUUUCCAUGCUAGGAUCUGUUGUUAUGGGUGGGUUCAUGAAUCUAGUUUCCACAUGCAUUUGGGCAGAAGGCACACCAUUAGGAAUCGUUUGCAUUCUGAUGGUUGAUCAGACAAAUAUCCAAUAUUUGGAAGGUGUGGAAAAUGAUUUUGUGUUAACCUUCCCCCAUAUGCAUCACUGAGCCAUAUCUUCUUUCCCUUGGAACUUUGCAUUGGAGUUGCCAGAAGGGUCAAUAACGUACUCUGUCAAUCAUGAGCUGCCAUUCGGCCUUAGAUGCCUAAUAGGGAUUGACGUAUGGCGUGAAUAACUAAAUUCCGACCGAAAUGUAAAUAUUUAGGGGUAAGCAAUGAAAUGACGUCAAUUCAAAUCCACGAUCUUUGAAUUCUGAGAUAUUGAGAUGACUUUUAUUACAGUAAUAAGUAUGUUUUCGUGUCCGAUGAAAUUUGGGUUUCCUUUCUGCUGUUACAUUCUCAGCAUUGUUGUUGUUUGCUCUGACCUAUCCCUUAUAAUAUCAUUGCUUGCUUUCUGUUUGAACAGUUCGUCUGCCUUAGAUUUUGUUACAUUCUUACCCCAAAUCAGCUGUUGUGAGUUAUACUUUGGUGGCACUUCUAUCACUAUUUUUGAGCCCCGAGGUAUCUGAAGAUUCAUGUUGACUUUUAUUUUGGAUACAUUUCGCUAUCUUUCUGGCACAGGCAGCAGUUACGGAUGGAAAUAGUCCGAUAUAAAUUUCCACAAAGACUUUUCACCCUUAUAUAUUAUUUGUGAUUAAUUUUGAUUCUGAAGGAAUCACAAUAUCCUAUAGUUCAAAAGAAAAUGUCCAAUGCUUUACUUUAGUUUUCUUGAUAUGUUUUUUGAUUUAGAUUUUCUGGUGGAAAAUUAUAUUUUCUAGGAAAUUAGGAUCCUGCUUGCUUCUUCUCCUUUUGCCAAAUAGUGAUGAUCCUUCUAAUGUUUUUUAUUUGGAAUUGCCUCCUUUUUGUAACUUGGGCAGGGGAGCCAUUCAUAGAUGGCAAGGCCGUCCCGUAUGAUCCCAAAUACCAUGAAGAAUGGGUCAGGAACAAUGCGCGUGCAAAUGAAAGAUCCAGGCGCAACGACAGGCCGCGCAACUUCGAUAGAUCAAGGAAUUUCGAAAGGAGAAGAGAAAAUAUGCAGAGCCGGGAUUUCCAAAACCGUCCACCUCCGGAGUUUCAGAAUCGCGAGGGACAGAACCCUAUGCAGGGCACUCCCCCUCCAAUGCCCAACAGGGAUGCACCCCCGAAUCCAUCAUUCCAAGGAGCACCGUACCAGAAUCAAGGACCUCCUUACCAGGGCAACUACAUGCCUCAGAUGCAAUCUCCAGAAUUCCAGAAUCGCGAAGGCCAGAGCCCUCCUCCAUACACGCCUGGUCCACCACCACAAGGAGGACCUUACCAGAACCAGGGACCUGGUUACCAGGCAAACUACGCACCCAACAACGCACCUGGUGGCAAUGCCUACCAAGGGGGCGGUAACUUCUACCAGAGAGGUGGGGGUCCUCACCAGGGCGGCGGCAAUCCUCAACAAGGUGGCGGCAACACUUACCAAGGUGGCGGCGGCGGCGGCGGGGCGUACCAAGUUGGUGGAAAUGGUUUCCAAGGGGGCGGUGGCAAUGGGUAUCCUGGACCAGACAGUGCCUACCAGGCCAGUGGCGGCAACUCUUUUCAGGCAAGAGAUGUCCCGGGGAGAGAUUAA